AUGUUGCUUUGUUUGCUCUAGAUACACUUCAUCCUGCUGUUCAGUCGGCAGGGGAAGUUAAGGCUUCAGAAAUGGUAUACGACGCUGCCUGAUAAAGAGAAGAAAAAGAUCAUUCGAGAAAUUGUUCAGAUUGUUUUGUCUCGCAAUCAAAAAACAAGUAGUUUUGUUGACUGGAAAGACCUCAAGCUUGUUUACAAAAGGUAUGCUAGUCUGUAUUUCUGCUGUGCAAUAGAAGACCAAGAUAAUGAGCUCCUGACACUAGAGGUCGUUCACAGAUACGUAGAGCUCCUGGACAGAUACUUUGGAAAUGUGUGCGAGCUGGAUAUUAUCUUUAAUUUUGAAAAGGCUUAUUUUAUCCUUGAUGAGUUUAUAAUUGGUGGAGAAGUACAAGAAACUUCAAAGAAGACUGCAGUGAAAGCCAUAGAAGACUCUGACAUGCUGCAGGAGGUAAGGCAGAGGAAGACAAAAG